GUGUUUUUAAGCGCAAGGCACUGCGUUGUAUUUCUAGUAAAGAAUGAUUGCAUGGCUCCUCCUUGCUCUGGUGCAACAAGCCUGUUUUCCUAGCUUUUCCGAGCACUGGAACGCGGACGAGAUUCCCAGCACCGACAUCCGAGGUAAAAGGAACGCAGUAUGAUGAGAAAUUAGUUCAAUGUUGGCUGCUCUCGGGCUCACAGCAUUCCUCCAGCUGCAGCGCAAUGCAGAACAACAUUAAGUGUGUUGUCGUCGGAGACGGAGCUGUGGGUAAGACCUGUCUGCUCAUCAGCUACACCGCCAAUGCCUUUCCUGGAGAGUAUGUCCCCACAGUGUUCGACAACUACUCUGCCAAUGUUAUGGUGGAUGGGAAUGCAGUGAACCUGGGCCUUUGGGAUACAGCAGGACAAGAAGACUAUGACAGACUCCGCCCACUUUCCUACCCAGAGACGGAUGUGUUUCUUAUCUGCUUUUCACUUGUGAGUCUUACCUCAUACGAAAACAUCCGUCAUAAGUGGUACCCUGAGGUGAGAUACCAUUGUCCUAACACUCCCAUAAUCCUCGUGGGCACCAAACUAGAUCUAAGAGAAGAUAAAGACUUCAAGGAGAAGCUGGAGAAGAAUAAUCUCUCUACCCUUACCUUUGCCCAAGGACAGGCCCUGGCCAAAGAGUUUGGUUGUGUCAAGUACCUGGAGUGUUCAGCUUUGACUCAGCAUGGACUUAAAACUGUGUUUGACGAGGCCAUCCGAGUCGCCCUGUCCCCUCCACCUGUCCAAACAAAGGCAAAGAAGUGCUCUCUCCUCUAAGACUUUCUUCACUAGAGGAGUUACAGAGAAACUUGACUGCUAGUAGUGAGGGAGGCUAAUGACACAAGAGAAACACACAAAAACAUGGAAGAAAUUUUGUCAAAUACACACAUGCUGUAUUUUAGCCAAAAAGAAAUUCUUUGUUCUGUUGUCUCAAACCUUUAAAACAGAGCUGAUAGUCUGCUGCUGUUUCCUGCUGUUCAUUCAGCUUCAUCAUAUUUAGUGUGUAAGUCGAAAGCUUCUUUUUCUCUUCGUGAGGGCGGUUGUGUCACCUUGCUGUCAACAAAAAGCUUGAAGUAACCUUCAGUGGCGUUUUAUUGUAUCCACUUUUCAUGUAUCAUAACCUCUUAACCAGUAAUUAAUAUUUAUCUUAAUAUGAUUCACUAUCAUUGUCUUAAUGAAGUAGAGAGAAAAUAAAAAAUGUUGUGACUCUUUAGCUUUGCAGAUAAAAGCUGUUAAAUUCUUGUAAAA